UUCACGUUCAUAGAUCUUGUCAGUCAGCUGGAGUACGAAGAAAAUAACAGUUGCUUGAUUUUAUCUGUCUUGAGAUUCUGGACUUUAUAUAUUCAGUCGUUGCGUUUACAAUACUUUUAAAUCGUCCCUGCAAAGUCCCCGAUACGUAAUUUUACACAGAGGAAAGCGACAAUGUAGUGCUGUUGUCACAAACCCAUUACAACGAAAGGUGACGGUGGAUGGUGCUACGGCUCUAGGGGUUAUUUGUCCCAUCGCCGCAGGUCCCCACUUUCUAAACCGACUGGCAGCUCCUGUCGCCCAUUCCAAGACAACCACCUCCCGCCGGUUACCCCCGCACCGUCGCUCGGAGAACCGUUUUGUGGAUGACGGAGCGGGCGGAGCUCCUCGCCGCCUGUGGCCGCCCGGCGGGCCGAUGCUAGGGCUCGGGACAACACAACGGCGUGGGUCGGCGGGGAGAUGUCAGAGCGGGGAUGCCUCGUCUUGCAGACAGUGUUGUAGUCGAGGGUAUACACGAGUGUACACAGUAUACCUACCAGUCGGACUUGGCGUAUAGACUAGCGGACCACAUUUCCAGCCUAACUAGUAGUGGCACAUAUAUGGAUGGUGGGGUCGCAGCAUGCCCACCCCUUCAACCACCACCACACCGCUGGCUGGAAGGAGUAGCAGUGCCGGCGCAGAAGAGGGGCCCAUGUCGGCCACCUCCACCUCUGCCAUCGGCUCCUCUUUCCGGUUCGUCCCGGCUUUCUGCCUGGGCGUGGUGGCCGCAGUAGUGUUCCAGCUGGCAUGGGGAGGCCUGACCCUCACCUCGUUCUUCUUGAAGUUGUUCAUCUACGUCUCGUUCGCCCUGCUCUGCUUCCUGGCGGGGAGUUUUGUGCUGCUGGUCCGUAAGAGUCCUCUCAAAGUCAGCUGCUUCGACAGAAACCGGAGGCACUCGGCUGUGCGCCAGGAGUUCUUCAUCAAGCUGAUGGCCCGUUUUUUGGUUCCAGUUCAGGAGUCCAGCCAGAGCAGGAGGGUGGUGGUGUCUCACAAUGUGGACAAAGCUCUGAAGGAAGUGUUUGACUACGCCUACAGGGACUACAUCCUGUCCUGGUACAUCCCUUUGAGUCAUGACGAGGGCCAGUUGUACUCCAUGCUGUCGGAGGACUGGUGGCAGAUGAUUGGGCAGCUGCGAUCCAGGCUCGCCGACAUCGACCUUGUCAACGUGGUGUGUUAUGACACCAUAAGAAUCCUACACACACACUUCACUGACCUCAAGGCUGCAUCUGCAAGACUAGAAGAGUGCACCCGACCGUUUCCUCUCCAUUCCUGUUUGGUCAGUCCGGAGUCUGAGCUGGCCUUCCUCCGCUGCGUUGCCCGAAUACUCUUGCUAUGUCUUCUACCGCAAAAGGAUGCCAAGUCACAUACACUACGCUGCUGCCUCACAGAAGUCAUCACUACCAAAGUGUUGAAACCUUUGGUGGAAGUGCUGAGCGACCCAGACUCUAUAAACAGGAUGCUGCUGUCUCAACUGGAGCAGAGGGAGCAGCAGGCUGAGCAGCAGAAGAAAGCCUACACCUACGCUGCCUCCUACGAAGACUUCGUCAAACUGAUAUCAACUUCUGCCGAUGUCAAUUUCCUCAAACAACUCAGGUAUCAGAUAGUGGUGGAGAUCAUUCAUGCCACCACCAUCAGCAGCCUCCCUCAGCUCAAGAAGCAGAAAGAGCGAAAAGGAAAAGAGUCAGCAGCCAUGAAGGCAGACCUGCUGAGGGCCAGAGAUAUGAAACGAUACAUCAAUCAGCUGACUGUUGCUAAGAAACAAUGUGAGAAAAGAAUCCGCCUGCUUGGCGGACCGAACUAUGAGAACAGCGAGGAAGGAGGGGCUGAUGACAGCGAUGAGCCUCACAGUCAGAAGAUUCUCCAGUUUGAUGACAUCCUGUGUAAUCCAUGUUACCGGGAGCAUUUCCGACUUUACAUGGAGAGAGUUGAUAAGAGAGCUCUGAUAAGCUUCUGGGAACUAGUGGAAACACUGAAAACUGCCAACAAGAAUGAAGUGCCCCAAAUCGUUGGAGAAAUCUACCAAAAGUUCUUUGUGGAGAGCAGGGAGAUUCCAGUGGAGAGGUUUCUCCUGAAGGAGAUCCAACAGAGUCUGGUGGGGAAUAGGGGAACACAAGUCUUUGUCAGACUACAAGAACAGGUGGCUGAGCAGAUGAGAGAGCGUUACUACCCCUCCUUCCUAGUUUCAGACCACUAUGAUGGGCUGAUCAGGCGAGACGAGCAGUGUAGCCAAUCACUGUCCAGCGUGGAGGAAAAGGAGGAAGAAGGGUGCCAGGGUCUAGAUGCAGGAGAGGAGGUGUGCGACGAAGGCAGUAAAAGAAUUAAUGAGCAGGCCAGCUACGCCGCUACCAAACUCCGACAACUCUACGACAAACUGGAGUACAAGCGGCAGGCGCUGGGCUCGAUCCAGAAUGCACCCAAGCCAGACAAAAAGAUUGUGAGCAAACUAAAAGAGGAGAUCGGAGCCAUGGAGAAGGAACACGGUGAACUGCAGCAGCAUAUCACCAGGACUGACUGGUGGUGUGAAAACCUGGGCCACUGGAGGGCGACCAUCACUUCUGCUGAGGCUACAGAGGAGGGAGGCGAGACAGUUGCUUGUUACAGUGUGUGUGUGAGCCUGGUAGAAGGAGAGGAGACGACCAACAGUCGCUGGAGCGUCCAAAGGAAACUCACAGAAUUCCAGAUGUUGCAUCGCAAACUCACCGAGUGUUUCCCAUCCCUGAAGAAGCUCCAGUUACCAUCGCUCAGCAAACUUCCCUUCAAAUCCAUUGACCAGAAGUUCUUAGACAAGAGUAAAACUCAGCUCAAUGCCUUUCUCCAGCGUCUGCUGACAGAUGAACGAUCGUGCCAGUCGGAGGCUCUCUAUGCGUUCCUUAGCCCGUCUCCGGAGUACCUCAAGGUGAUGUCAAUCCAGAAGAAAUCGUCUUUCUCUCUGGCCUCCUUCCUGGAGAAGCUACCUGGAGACUUCUUCUCCCACACCGAGGAGGAGGCUGACGACGACAGCGACCUAUCGGACUACGGCGACGAGGUAGACGGGAGGAGAGACGCGCUGGCCGAGCCCUGUUUCAUGCUCAUAGGGGAGAUAUUCGAACUCCGAGGAAUGUUUAAGUGGGUGAGGAGGACCCUAAUUGCACUAGUCCAGGUGACAUUUGGACGAACCAUCAACAAACAGAUCCGGGACACCGUAAACUGGAUCUUUUGCGAACAGAUGUCGGUUUGUUACAUCAAUGUGUUCAAGGACACCUUCUGGCCCAACGGGAAGUUGGCACCUCACGUCAAGGUCCGAACUGACAGCGAACGCAGUGAAACUAAGGAACGGGCUCAACAGAAACUACUUGACAAUAUCCCAGAUGCACUGGCAAAUCUAGUUGGCCAGCAGAAUGCCCGCUAUGGAAUCAUCAAGAUCUUUAACGCCCUGCAGGAAGCUAGUGCCAACAAACAUCUUCUCUAUGUGUUGAUGGAAAUGUUACUCAAGGAAGUGUGCCCUGAACUCAGCGCGGAAGUGGACAACAUCUGAACACGCGCACAUACCCACACACACACUUGCAACACAAACAGAGUCUUUGGAUCUAAGGCCUUUCUUUAGCUGACCAAUCAUAAACUACCAGACAGACAAUGGCCUUUUGGUUUAACCUCCUGCAGAGAGCAGGGGUGUUGGUCACGGCUGAGACACACGCUCUGAUUUGUGGAAGUAGAACGUUGCGGUGAAAUGAUGAAAAAGCCGAGCGGACCAAGUCAACCCGAAGGGGAUGAGGUUUUUACUUUGUUGUGGCACAGAUCUAAACUCGUCCGUGAGAAUGGGGAGGAACCACGUGGAGUCUGACGAGACGGAACACAGCCUGAGAGUCAACAUUCACACAAGAUCAAACUGUUUUUUGUCAUUUAAAUGGGCCAUGUUGGCAUUGUUUUUCUUUUCUUAUUUUGUUAGCACUGUAACAUCAGAUGUGUCCCACAACAAAUCUGUAUUCCUGUGUAAAUCACGCUGGUCACUAGGCUACAAAGAGGAGUCACAACUAGUGAUAGUAAACAGCAUGAUUGUGUGGUCCCCAGCUGUUUAACCUCGAUGAAACACAGCAAAGAAAGUCCAGGUACCGUUUUUUGUCGCGCUCUGAAGGCAACCCAGGGCGUUAUUGUCCAAGGACCUCUGAACAUUCCUCCUACAAACAACCUGAGCAGCACUUAUGUUCUGUGAUUCUUGUUAAGGCUUAUUAAUGUGCAAUAUAAUGUCAUGUAAAAGUCAUUGUGAUGAUUUUAUUUAUGAUUAUUAUUGAUAGAUUUUAUUUUUACCAAAAAUUGUUUAGAAAGCGUUUAUAUAAGCAAUAAAUUGCAAAAAAAAUGAA